UUUCAAUUUAUCCUUGUCCAAAAAGAAAAAAAAUGUCAAUUUAAUGAAGUUUCUACCUAUAAAAAAUGUUGAUUCGGUUAGGAUAAGGCAUGCCUUUUCAGCUGCAGUAAGGUGGUUGAUCAAUAAUCAAAAACCUUAUAAUCCUAAUAGCCUAACAUGGCACACUACAGCAAAAAUUGGGCUUUCUCUGUUCCUCUAAAGUUCUCCAAAUUUGUUCUUUUCUUCUCUUCUACCAUCUUCUUUUUAUUUAAAAAAUUCCAAAAAUAAAAAAUUCAUGUAUUAAUAACCUUUUCCUUAUUGUAAUGCUACGUAGUAAUUUUUUAUGAGCAUUCUCAAAGUUUCUAUAGUAAGUAAUGUAAUGAUUCUUGGAUCAUACUCCGUACACGAGAACUGAUUAGUCUCACAUACAUGAACGUUGUUAAAAGACGUUAAUUAUUUUAUUUUUCUUAGUACAGUUUUUGGGAUUGAUUUAUCUCAAAGAAAGGAAUUACCAAAGAUUCUGCUCAAAGUGGGGUUAUUUCCUAACGAGUUUGGAUAAAUUUCCGCUUACUUUAUGAUAUUCUUCUUCUAGAACUAAUCUUGUAGGAGAUGAAUUGUACACUUCACAUGGAAUUUGUUUUCCAGAAAUGGGUUUUGGCAUUUUUCUUUUCUUUUUGUCUCCUCUUCUCUGCUGCAUUAUCAGUGGAAGGAAUAAAAGGAAAUUCAAAAGUUAGAGCAGUAAAUUUAGGUGGGUGGUUGGUGAUUGAAGGGUGGAUUAAACCUUCUCUUUUUGAUGGAAUUCUCAAUGGAGAUAUGCUUGAUGGGACAGAAGUGCAGUUUAAGUCAGUGACAUUACAGAAGUAUGUUUCUGCUGAAAAUGGAGGUGGCUCAAAUGUCUCAGUCAGUAGGGAUAUACCAUCUUCCUGGGAAACGUUUCGGUUAUGGAGAGUGUCCGAGAAAGAAUUCCAAUUGCGCUCCACACAAGGGCAAUUUUGGACAUGUGAGGGUCAAGGAAGCUCUGUAUCAGCUACUACAGAUGCACCCGCAACCAAUGAGACAUUUUACAUAGAGAGACUUUACAAUAGCAGCCGAUUUCAUAUUAAACUUCAGAGUGGCAUAUACCUGCAGGCUAUGACAGAAAGCCAGAUUACAGCAGAUUAUCAAGGGACGCCGGGAUGGGAUGAUAAUGCAGCCACCUUUGAGAUGACAAUCGUGUCCAAUAAUCUUAAUGGCGAUUUCCAGCUUGCAAAUGGAUAUGGACAUGCCAAGGCCAAAGAAGUUCUGGAGGAACAUAGAAACAGCUUUAUUACCAGAGAUGACUUUUAUUUUAUUAGUACACAUGGGAUAAAUGCGGUGAGGAUCCCUGUUGGCUGGUGGAUUGCUUUUGAUCCUGAUCCUCCUGCACCUUUCAUUGGGGGAUCGUUGGCAGCAUUAGACGAUGCAUUUUCUUGGGCGCAAACAUAUAAUAUCAAGUGCAUAAUUGAUCUUCAUGCUGCCCCCGGUUCUCAAAAUGGAAUGGAACAUAGUGCAAGCAGAGACGGUUCAGUUGAUUGGCCUAAGUCCCAAGAUAAUAUUGAUAAAACAUUGGAUGUUAUUGACUUCUUGGCCUCCAGAUAUGCACACCACCCUGCAUUGCUGGGAAUCGAGCUCUUGAAUGAACCAUCGGCUGCAGGAGUUCCGCUUGACAUUUUGGUUUCCUAUUACCAAAAAGGCUAUGAGACAGUGAGAAAGUAUUCCCCAACAGCUUAUGUUAUAGUCUGCCAGAGAAUCGGCAAUGCAGAUCCUCUUGAACUUUAUCAGGCUAACAUAGGCUUCACAAAUGUUGUGGUGGACCUGCACUAUUACAACCUUUUUGAUACUUUCUUUGUUCAUAUGAGUUCAGCUCAGAAUAUUGACUAUAUAUACAAGAGUAGGGAAGCUCAACUGCAACAGCUUAACAAUGCGAGUGGUCCACUUCUUUUCAUUGGUGAAUGGGUGAAUGAAUGGAAUGUAACAAGCGGAUCAGAACAAGACUACCAGAGUUUUGGAAAAGCACAGUUAGAUGUUUAUAAUGCUGCUUCAUUUGGAUGGGCUUAUUGGACAAUAAAAAAUGACAGGAAGCACUGGGAUUUUGAAUGGAACAUUAAAAACAACUAUCUUGAAUUCAGCAGCUCACCCAGAUCGCACAACUCAGAUGUCAUAUUUUUCCUACUAUUGACUUGCAGUUACUUGUUCUUCCAUCACAUUUUUUAACAGACAUCAUUUACCUUAUUCUUACGAAAUCUGAAGAGAAAUUUGAAUGCGGCUGUUCUUUGUUCUUUAAUCCUAAUUAUAUCAUACAAAAAUCUCGUAUGUUGUCAAUGAGUGCAAAUACAAGUUAAUCUUCUGCUGAUAACAGUCAACAGACCUUGAAAACAAGGCAUAUGGGCUGAUGUCAAUGAGUGCCAAUUCUAUUGACUUGCAGUUUCUUGUUUUUGCAUCACAUACAUUUUGUAACAGACCUUAUUUACCUUACUCUUAUGAAAUCUGAAGAGAAAUUUGAAUGCGG